CUCAGUGUUUCGCUUCACGCUCCGCGCUGACGUGCAAGAUGCCUGGAGAAUAACAACAUUGCUGAUAAAUCACAGGACCACAUUUUAGCCCGCAGGGGUCUUCAGAAGACCAUGGGAGGAAAUACAGGUGUGUUUGGAGCCGCUGAGUUCAUAUCAGAGCUCUGUCACACUAGUUUGGACAGUCCAUUUCCGGUGUGGCAGAAUGGCACCAUCAGUCCUUGUGCCAACCAGCUUCUGUUGGGAUCCCUGUUACAUGCUGUUAUUGCGAUCACUAGUGCCUGUUACAUUAGUGUGCCCAGACUUACCCAUAUUGUAUCCUCCAUUCCCAUUGGCUGGGGCUUCAGGGCCACAUCGACCUUCCUGAUGGCUCUUCUUUUUAUUGGAGACCUGGUCUUGGUUUUUGAGCUCCAGGCCCCAGACGUUUAUCUGGACGUCUUAGCCGAUGGAUGUGGCGUACUGGCCUGGUUGGUACAUUUUGGGGCCGUUUUGGCAUUACAAAGAUCCGUGUACAGAAGAACACGAGGUCCUGCUUUGCUUCCUGUGCUGCUUGUUCUCUCCAUUCCUAAUCUAGCUUUUAUCCUCACCGCUUACAUCCAAGAAAUCAAUUACCUUGGAGUCUCACAGCCACUGCAUGUUGUCCGUCUAGCUCUGAUGGUAACCAGGGCUGCUCUGGUGCUGGUCUACCUGCUGGGUUAUAUCUUUCCCUGUUACAGAACUCAAAGAGACCACCUGUCCUGCAAUGCAGAAGAUGUAGCUCCGUUAAUUGUCUCCUUGGAGUCAGAUGGAGGGGUGACGGUAGCCGAGGAUGGAUGCAGCUGGCUGUCCAGACUCCUCUACCUGUGGCUGAACCCUUUGCUUAGACGAGGCAAACGUGGAGAGCUGGAGAGGCCAUGUGAUGUCUUCCAGCUGCCACAUCGGUUACGUACCAAAGUGGUCACGCUCCGGUUCUACCAGUGCUGGCAGAAAUGUCUGCAUCCAAGAGGUCUGGAAAGACCUGAGAGACAGGAUCGGCUUCCAAGAGGAAACCUGCAGGACAACUCUUGGAGUGAGGCUGAGCCGGAUAGGAUGUGUGAAGGUGGAGCACAACAUGAUGUCAAGCUCCUGCAGGUGUUGCACAAGGCCUUUGGGCUACGCUACUACCUUCUAGGCGUGUUGAAGUUAAUAGCUAGCAUGCUAUCCUUUGCAGGACCCCUGCUUCUCGGUGCAUUAGUUGGUUUCAUGGAAACAGAGGGGGCACCGUUGAGCAAGGGUGUGUGGUGUGCCGUGGGGCUCUUUGCUAGUACCUUUCUUGCUGCCCUGCUAAGGAACGUCUUUGUUUAUGAAGUAUCAAAGGUUGCACUGGAGGCUCGGGCUGCUGUGAUUUCCACCAUCUACAGCAAAGCCCUAAAAGUCAGUGGGUCUGCUCUGGCUCGCUUCAGCAUGGGCGAGGUUGUCAACUUCAUGAGCACCGACACGGACCGGGUGGUGAAUUUCUUCAACAGCUUCCAUGAGGUUUGGAGUCUUCCCUUCCAGUUCGUCCUCGCACUUUACCUGCUUUACCUACAGGUGGGCGUGGCCUUUUUGGGUGGAGUGGGCGUGGCUGUGCUGCUCGUGCCUUUAAAUAAAGUCCUGGCAUCCCGAAUUCUGGAAAAUAAUAAACAUAUGCUGCUACACAAGGAUGGAAGAGUAAAGUUAAUGACAGAGAUCCUCUUUGGGAUUCGGGUCCUGAAGUACUAUAAUUGGGAGGAGCACUUCACUCAAAAGAUUGCGGAGGCUCGUAAAAAAGAGCUACAUCACCUGAAACUUCUGAAGUACCUGGAUGCUGUGUGUGUUUACACCUGGGCUGCUCUGCCCGUGAUCAUCUCUAUCCUCACCUUCAUCACAUACGUCCUUCUGGGAAACAAUCUCACCGCUGCUAAGGUGUUUAGUACUCUGGCGCUGGUGGGGAUGCUCAUUCUGCCUCUCAAUGCUUUCCCCUGGGUGCUGAAUGGAACCCUAGAAGCGAAAGUGUCUUUGGACCGUAUUCAGCGCUUCCUCACACUACAGGAUCAGGACCUUGCUGUCUAUUACAGUCAAGUGUGUCCUGAGGACCCUCUGACUGCUGUUGAGAUGGACCAAGCGAGUUUCUCCUGGAAGCAGUCAGAGGAACAUGAUUCUGUCAGUGUAUCUGAUGACAAGGCAGAGGAUGGGUCACCACCACGCAGCUUUUAUCUGCAUGCACUCAAUCUCAGCAUUAAAAGGGGCUCCCUGGUGGCUGUGGUGGGAAAGGUUGGAUGUGGGAAAAGUUCCCUGUUGGCCGCCAUAACAGGAGAUCUUAGCAGGAGUGGAGGGGAAGUAUUUGUUCAGGGAAGAGAGCAGGGAUUUGGACUGGCUGUCCAGGAACCGUGGAUCCAACAUGCAACAGUACAGGACAACAUUCUUUUUGGCAGAGAUUUUGACAGCGUGUUUUAUCAAGCUGUGAUUGAGGCCUGUGCCCUUGCUGAUGACCUAAAUAUAUUGCCUGGUGGCGAUCAGACAGAGGUUGGAGAGAACGGUGUCACUCUGAGUGGAGGGCAGAAAAGCCGCCUCGCUUUGGCCCGGGCUGUUUAUAUGGAUAAGGAAAUUUACUUGCUAGAUGACCCAUUAGCAGCUGUGGAUGCUGAUGUUGCCCACCAUCUCAUGGAGAAAUGCAUCUUGGGGAUUCUCAAGAACAAGACCAGAAUUCUUUGCACUCAUCGGAUAGAGUUUGUGGAUAAGGCAGAUGUGGUGGUGCUGAUGGAAAAUGGGAUGAUUGUAAAAACAGGGACACCGAAGGAAGUCCUUGCUUUGGUUAAAGCCCCUAAAGACUCCAAAAACAACAGCAAUGCUAAAGAGAAAGAUGCAGUAGGCAAAGAGGAAGAGGAGGCCAAUGAGCCGGAGCUAGAGGCAGAGCUCAAGAUGUUUGGGGAGGAGCAGAAGCAAAUGGGCAAGCUGUCCUGGGCUGUGUACCGCUCCUAUUGGAGAGCAGUGGGUGGAUGCAUGGCUGUGGCUGUUCUGCUCUCCCUUUUCCUAAUGCAAGCCUCCAAAAAUGUGUCCGACUGGUGGCUCUCUCAUUGGAUUUCCCAUUUGAAGGACAAUAGGACUGAGCUGGUGUCACUGUCAGCUGAUCCACUUUUAACACUGACCUUCCUCUCUCCUGAGAGACUUAUGUUUUACGCACCUGACAGAGGUUCCAAGGGCAAUGUGAGCUCUGAGCUGAAGUUUUACAUGACUGUUUAUGGAUCUCUGGCGGCAGCAAACACAGUCUUCACAGCCGCUCGAGCCUUUCUCUUUGCUUAUGGAGCAAUCUGUGCUGCUACUGUUGUCCAUAAGAGACUGCUGUCCAGUGUGCUUAAGGCCACUAUGACGUUUUUUGACACUACACCCUUGGGUCGCAUCUUGAAUCGAUUCUCCUCAGAUAUUUACAGUGUGGAUGACUCGCUCCCCUUUGUCCUAAAUAUCCUUCUGGCCAAUGUGUUUGGACUGCUCGGGAUGCUGAUUGUCAUGAGCUAUGGGCUGCCUUGGGUGCUACUACCAUUGCUUCCUCUGGGGGUGCUCUACUACCAAACUCAGUGCUUUUAUCGCCACUCGUCCCGUGAGCUGAAACGUCUGUGUAGCCUCACACUCUCUCCAGUUUAUUCACACUUCUCAGAAACACUCAGUGGCCUGUCCACAGUGCGGGCCAGUGGACACACUACCAGAUUUGAGGAGGAGAAUGAGAGACGCCUGGAACAGAAUCAGCGCUGUCUCUUCAACAGUAACGCUGCCAUGCAGUGGCUGGACAUUCGGCUGCAGAUGAUUGGUGUCACCGUAGUAACCGGCAUCAGUGUGAUCGCUGUGAUCCAGCAUCAGCUUAAAUCCAUCGACCCAGGUCUGGUUGGUCUGUCUCUGUCCUAUGCGCUAUCCAUCACCAACCUGCUGUCAGGCCUGAUUUUCAGCUUUGCACAGACAGAGAUGCAGUUGGUGAGCAUUGAGCGUACAGAGGAGUAUUCCACCAACAUCCCACAGGAGCCUCAACAAGCCAGCACUGAGGUUCUUGAAUCCUGGCCUGAAAAGGGUCGAGUUGAGUUUGUGGGUGUUGUGUUGGUGUACCGGCCGGGAUUGCCCAAUGCUCUUGAUGGUGUCAACCUGGAGGUAUUACCUGGUGAGAGGGUGGGCAUUGUAGGGCGUACAGGCUCAGGGAAAUCCUCAUUAUUCCUCGCCCUAUUCCGUAUGGUGGAACUGAACCAGGGUCAAAUCCUGCUGGAUGGAGUCGACAUCAGCUCAGUCAGGCUUAGUAACUUGCGAUCAAAGCUGGCCAUCAUCCCUCAGGAUCCCUUCCUGUUCUCCAGCUCUGUGCGAGAGAACCUUGAUCCCCAUGGCCGUCACCCAGACUUCCGGUUGUUAGAUGCUCUUGAACAAUGCCAUCUGGGAGAUGUAGUACAGAGGAUCGGUGGCCUGGAUUCGGAGGUUGGAGAGAGGGGAAAGUCUCUGUCUGUGGGCCAAAGGCAGUUGCUGUGUCUCGCCCGUGCUCUGCUCACAGAAGCUAAUAUUUUAUGCAUUGACGAGGCCACAGCAAGCGUCGAUCAUAAGACCGACAUGCUUCUACAGAAAACUAUCAGAGAAAAAUUCAAGGAUAAAACCGUUCUUACCAUCGCCCACAGGCUGAAUACAAUCAUGGACUCUGACAGAGUGCUGGUGAUGCAUGCUGGGAAAGUGGUGGAGUUUGACAGCCCUGCUGCUCUGUGCCAAAGAGAAGACUCUGUUUUUCAGAAACUCUUACGUGGAGGGGAAGAUUGAGUUCAAAAUACUGCAUUUUCAGCAAAAUGCAGUUGGAGUCCUAUGCAUGGCUAUUGUAUAUGUGCAAAUACCUGCAGUUUAUAUCAUGUUAUACCAUGUAGAACAGUGUAAACUCAGGGAAAAAUGUUUGUUGUUUUAUUAAUGGUCACAUUUGUAUUCUGUUUUAGAAUUAAAUUUUUCUUUUUAAACUA